CGCAAAGGUAUUUUUCACUCCACAAUCAAUUGAGUUCACACAGAUUGUUCACAUUGCAGUACCUUUCACAAGUACCCAUAACACUAUCAGAUCCCGUGGGCUUAUCUUACAGACAAUACACAUUUUGCGAUUCCCCGCCUCUUGCCCUGAUUACCAACACAAUGGGGGGACCAGACCAAGGGCCAGCUACCGAUGCCGCUGCCGACAAUCUCGCAAACCUGCACCUUGAUGAAGUCACCGGUGAGCACGUGUCUAAGUCGGAAUUGAAGAAACGACAGAAGCAUCGGGCUAAGGAAGCGGAAAGGGAGAAGAGGGCCGCUGCCGCACCCCCCAAGCCAGAGAAGAAGGCCAGUGCUGAGGAGGAGGAGAGCAAUUUGACGCCUAACCAAUACUUCGAGAUCCGAAGUGGACGAGUGAAUAAACUCCGACAGACUAAGAGCCCCAACCCAUAUCCACAUAAGUUCCUGGUCACGGAUGAUGUACGAGAGGUCAUUAAGCAGUACGAGUCGCUGCAGAAGGGUGACCAGGUCAAGGACAAGGAACUGCGCAUCGCGGGACGGAUCUAUACCAAGCGGUCGGCAGGGGCCAAAUUGAUUUUCUAUGAUAUUCGUGCUGAGGGCGUGAAGAUCCAAGUCGCAUGCCAAGCGCAGAACGUGAAGGGAGACAUUCCCUUCGAGGACCAACAUGAACAUCUGAGAAGAGGAGACAUUGUGGGCAUUGUUGGCUUUCCAGGUCGCACUGCCCCGAAGAACCGCGCGGAUGGAGAGCUGUCGAUAUUCGCUACUGAAGUGGUGCUGCUCGCGCCGUGUCUGCAUCAGAUCCCCUCGGAACAUUAUGGGCUUCGGGAUCAGGAGCAGCGCUAUAGACAACGGUAUCUGGACUUGAUCAUGAACGACAGAUCGCGGAAUGUCUUCGUCACCCGGUCCAAGAUGAUUUCGUAUAUCCGCCGCUUUUUCGAUGAGCGCGACUUCGUCGAGGUGGAGACUCCUAUGAUGAACACUAUUGCUGGCGGUGCCACUGCGAAGCCAUUCAUUACGCACCACAACGACCUCAACAUGGACAUGUUCCUGCGUGUCGCUCCGGAACUUUAUCUCAAAAUGUUGAUUGUCGGUGGCUUGGAACGAGUUUACGAGUUGGGUCGUCAAUUCCGAAACGAGGGCAUCGAUCUCACUCAUAACCCGGAAUUCACCACUUGCGAGUUCUACUGGGCAUACGCUGAUGUCUACGAUAUCAUGAACGUGACCGAGGAACUUGUUUCUGGGCUCGUAAAGCAUAUCACUGGUGGCUAUGAAACUACAUUCCAUACCCAGACGGGCGAGGAAUUCAAGGUCAAUUGGAAGGCUCCAUGGAAGCGAAUUGAGAUGAUCCCUGCCCUUGAAGAAGCUACGGGCGAGAAGUUCCCUCCCGGUGAUCAGCUGCAUACCAUGGAGACAAACGAGUUCCUCAAGAAGAUCCUGAAGAAAGUCAAUAUCGAAUGCACGCCGCCAGAAACCAACGCCCGCAUGCUCGAUAAGCUUGUCGGAGAAUUCAUCGAAGAGACCUGCAUCAACCCGACAUUCAUCACCGGGCAUCCGCAGAUGAUGUCUCCGCUGGCCAAAUACCAUCGCGAUAACGUCGGGCUGUGUGAGCGCUUCGAAGCCUUCGUGUGCAAGAAGGAAAUCGUCAACGCGUACACAGAGUUGAACGACCCCUUUGACCAGCGUCUUCGAUUCGAAGAGCAAGCGUCCCAGAAGGCUCAGGGUGACGACGAGGCGCAGCUGAUCGAUGAGAACUUCUGCACGAGUUUGGAAUUCGGUCUCCCGCCCACUGGGGGUUGGGGCAUGGGCAUCGACAGACUUGUGAUGUUCCUGACUGAUAAUUAUAGUAUCAAGGAGGUGCUUGCGUUCCCAUUCAUGAAAGAGGAGAAGCAUGCAGGUGCAAAAGGGGAGAGGUUGGCGGCGGAGGUUGUUGGUGUUGAGCCGCUGCCUGUGGAGGGAAUUCCACAUAAAUAAACGUUGGGAAAGAAAAAUGCGUACCAAUUUAAUGAGUGAUGAUGGCUACUGGGGCACUAGAAGGGUUACAAACUGAUGCAGCCUAUAUGUAACUAAGGCUUGUUGGUUGGAAAUUAGAUAUCAGCUCAUUCAUAGUUUUCAAUCACCAUGGACCUGAAAUAUCAUCAACUUUUCUAUUUCUGAAUUUCCCAGGCAUAUUCAGGAAUAUCUUACCAAAUUCAAUGUGCAACAUCUCCAGCCGUUUUAUCACUCUACCUAUAAUACAUUGCAUACAUAUCAAAAAAAAUAAAAGCAAUACCUCUACG